ACAAUAUGCAGGCUGACAUGCUCAUCAACAUUCAACACUGCAUCUCAUUCCUCGACUCUUAUGCGUUUUGACAACCUGGCAGACUCAUAAACAGGGCUGGUUUACCCCCCGAUGAACAAUUUGGGGUCUGUAAUUAUGAGAGAAUUUCAAUAUUAAAGUCAAAUUUUGGCGAAUCCUUUCGUCUUGGUCAGUUUAGCUGUUGAUUAUUGAACGUAUCCACCGGUAAAAGGCGUCGCCGGGAAUCCAUAAAAAAUGGACUCGAUCGGGAUGAGCUGCAUCAAAUAUCUCCUAUUUCUUUUUAAUUUGUUAUUCGCGAUAUCGGGAAUAGUUAUCCUGACAGUUGGGAUCAUGGUUCAGAACAUGUUCUCCAACUACUCCUUCCUCAUGGAAGAGAAGAUGUUCUCUUUGUCGCUCAUAUUCAUCAUAAUCGGCAUCUUCAUCUUCAUAGUCGCCUUCUUCGGCUGCUGCGGCGCCAUCAAAGAAAGCAACUACAUGCUAAUGACCUUUGCUGGAUUGCUCUGUUUGAUUUUUGUGAUGGAGGCUGUCGGUGGGAUAGCAGGUUAUAUGAAGAAGGAUGAUCUGAACCAAAUGUUGGAAAUGAAGAUGAACCAUUCACUGUCCUUAUCGAAAACCAACAUCUACCACAAGAAGACUUGGAAUGCACUUCAGUUUGAUUUCUCCUGCUGUGGCGUCAACUCAUUCACCGACUGGUUCAAACAGAGGAAUGCUAACGGUUCGCUUCCACCCACCUGCUGUCCUUUACUGCCGAUGGGUGAAGACUGUGCAGAAGGCAACAGUAGGGCAAAAGUGAGCAAACGCGGUUGUCUUCCUGCUCUUGCAAGUACUUUGGAGCAUAAUGUCUUUGGGAUCAUUAUUUUUGGACUGCUCGUUGGAUUCAUCCAGUUUAUCGGUGUCAUCUUCGCUUGUUGUAUGUCUAGAUCAAUCCGCAAAUAUGAAACAGUGUGAGGUGUAUAUCAUACUGUAUUUUGUGUUCUUCCAUUUUUACAAGCAUUUUACCCUUUUGUUCAAUGUUACCGCAUUGGAAAAAAACCUUGUGUUCAAAACGUACGCAUAAUUGAAGUAUUAUUAUACCAAAGUUAAUUUUAAGUUGGCUGUUUUUGUUUUGUUUUGUUUUUUUGUACUGUACUUAUGGUGAUAUUAUUUUUAUUAUGACUUAUUUAGGAUUUAUUAGUCAAUAAAGUUUUCGUUAUUUACCUGAUAAGAAUCAAAAUAAGUUUCUAAUUUUAAGAUGUGUGCAAUAGCGAAUUGUUUUGGCUGAGAGUAACAGCCGAAUAAUCGUUGACCAGUUUUAUUAAAUGCCUUCAUGAAUGUGUCAGUACGUUUUUACAUUUGUAUCUUGUUCGCCUUAUCACGUUAUUGUAGUUAACAAAUACUGAAACACUCCAGAUCUAAGUGAUACAUCAUUAUACAUCUAAAAUAGAAUCUCAACUCAACAACGUUAUUGUAAACCUUUAGCAUUACAUUAUCAUAAAAACCAACAAAAAACAAUUAGGUCUAAGAAUACAGUUUUGUGUACUAACAUUUUAUACUGGACUCAUAUUUUUGUGGUAUGGUAGUAGAUGGUGUUAGUAUAAGGAAUUUUUGGAUCUUAUCUAUUAUGUUGGCAUUUAGACCAUUCAAAGUGAUAUUUAUUUGUCAGACACUCACAAUUAUUGCUUAAUUUGUGAGAGCUGUGUUUACUUUAAUCGUAACCCUUUUGUAUCAAAAUUGUUCUUAAAAUGUAAUUAAAAAUUUUGUAUUGAUGGA